UGUAAUGCAUACAUUAUUGACGGCUUAUGUGUAAGUUGAACUAUUUAUAUCUGUAAACAAAGAAGUUUCUUUCUAUUUUUGUUUUAAUGACUCGUUAAAUGAUAAAUGCACACUGGGACAAAUGCGUUUUUUUGCACUUAAAAACAUUUCCGUGUCGGCUACAUAAAUGCUUGAAAACCAUGACUCUUGCCAUAGUUACGUUACGGUAACACAAAUAAAUAUCAUAUUGAAACAAACAAAAGGAGAAAAAACAAUUCUUCCAUAAUGGGUAAAAAACCAGAAACAUGCACGGAUUUAUACGAAGAGAAAACUAAUAACCGGGUCUACAAGACAGUUGUUGAAGUCAACUCAAAGGUCGAAAACCAACAAAAAGAUAAAGAGAAAAAGAAAGAAACCAUGUCUUGGGGAUACUCUUACUCUAACGGUCCACAUACAUGGGCAGUGAACUACCCGGAUGCAGCCGGUCAUGACCAGUCUCCCAUUGAUAUACAUACUGGUGAAACAAUAUAUGAUAGCGAUCUAGCAACCAAGCCUCUUACAAUCAAUUAUUCGGAAGAGGAUAGCUUCACAGCGUGCAAUACAGGAUCAAGUUUUAAAGUGAACAUUAGUAAAACCUCUGAACUGAAAGAUGGACCGUUAACCGAUGUAUUUAGACUGGAGCAAUUUCACUUACACUGGGGUUCUAAUGAUGAUCAUGGAUCUGAACAUAUGAUUGAUGGGCAGUCAUACGCCGCUGAGCUUCAUCUUGUACAUUGGAACUCGACCAAAUAUUCCAACUUUAACGAGGCUGUCAACCAGCCGGACGGUUUGGCUGUACUAGGCAUUAUGAUCCAGUCUGGAGCAGAAAAUACAGGCUUUAAGGACAUGGUAGAUACCAUAAGAAACGUAAAGAAGAGUGGCCAAACUUGUCAAGUUUUGAAAUCAUUUAAUCCGAAAGUUUUAUUACCAGAAAAUACUAAAGAGUUUUGGACCUACCAUGGUUCGUUAACCACGCCCCCUUGCUACGAAAGUGUCCAAUGGAUUGUUCUGAGACAGCCAGUACAGUAUUCACCGAAUCAGUUACAAGCUCUAAGAAGUCUUCUUUUUACUGAAUGUGAAGGAGAAUGUAUUGUUGACAACUAUAGACCACCAAUGCCUAUCGGGGGACGAAAAAUCCGUGCAUCAUUUCAAGGCACGAAUUUGUAAACCUUAUAUAUAGUUAACAUUUUAGGAUUUUAAAAACUUUUUUUACUUAUUCACUUAAAAAAAGUGUAUUUUAGAAAAGGUGAACUAGUUAAAUAAUCGUAAAAUGUUGAUCAUGUCUAGAACAGGAUAAACAGACACAUAAACAGGAAACUUUGCUUAUGCAACACGAUAUGUUUUCAGGAAGUCUUUUAUUCCAGAAAUUCUGUUAAUGAAAAUUAAUCUUGUUUUAUUUUGUAUUCAUGUAUCAUAUAUAUUAGCGUGUAUUUAAUGAAAAGUCUGCUAAACUAGUCAGAUAUUUCAUUUGUGCACCCCUGAGUAUAUAAUUUUUUAUAUUUUUUCCCUGUGUAAACUUGUGUUAAAAAAGAGACAGAUUUUUAGUGCUCAUAUGAUUUAUAGUAAUAAUAUACUUGUACGUAAUAAAUUAUGAC